CAUGCUUCAUUGUCUCUCUCUCUUCUUACUUUCUUCUACCUUUGUCUCUCUCUCUCUCUCUCUCUCUCUCUAUCUCUCUCUUUUAGUCUUUCUUUUUGCUGUUAUUUUUGUACUGAAAGAAAGAAAGAAAAGGUAGAGAAAAAUGACCAACAUAAGCAUGGUGGAAUCAAAAUUGCCGCCAGGAUUUAGAUUCCAUCCAAAAGAUGAAGAACUUGUAUGUGAUUACUUGAUGAAGAAGAUUACUCAUUCUGAUUCUCUUCUUUUGAUAGAAGUUGACCUCAACAAGUGUGAACCUUGGGAUAUUCCUGAAACAGCAUGUGUGGGAGGAAAGGAAUGGUAUUUUUAUAGCCAGCGCGAUAGAAAGUAUGCAACUGGAGUAAGAACAAAUCGAGCAACAGCAUCUGGGUACUGGAAAGCCACGGGAAAGGACCGUCCUAUCCUUCGCAAGGACACCCUUGUUGGCAUGAGGAAGACCUUAGUCUUCUAUCAAGGCAGGGCUCCUAAAGGAAGAAAAACUGAUUGGGUCAUGCAUGAGUUUCGCGUUGAGGCUACUCUUGCUCCUCCCAAUAUUUCCCCUUAUAAGGAGGAUUGGGUUUUGUGCAGGGUGUUCUACAAAAACAGAGAACCAAUAGCCAAAGCUAGCUAUGAUGAGACAAGCUCUUCAUCUCUCCCACCAUUAAUGGAUUCUUACAUCACUUUUGACCAAACUCAGCCAAACUAUGAGCAAGUGCCCUGCUUCUCCAUUUUCUCGGAAAGCCAAAUUCUCCCACAAAUAACCCAAAUGGAGUCCACAAAGGGCAGUACAAGUUCAUUUGGACAAUUACCUAUGACUUGUUCCAACUUAGACACCUUCUCUUGUGACAAAAAGACAAUCAAAGCUGUUUUGAGUCAAAUUACAAAGAUUGAAGCCAAUUCUAACAUUAUUAAUGGAUCUCCAAGCUUAGGAGAAGGAAGCUUAGAGAGCUACUUAUCAGAAGUUGGAAUGUCCAACAUAUGGAAUCAUAAUUAUUAAUUGUUGUAUAUGUUCUAUGAUACCAUUUUACAGUUUGUCUUCUAGUUCAGGAAUUAAUCCCCAAAUUUAGGGGGAUCAACUUUUAGCCUAGUAAUUAAGAAAUAUAUCUAAUUUUGCAUCUUUCA